AUGAAUAAUAAAUUAUUUAUAAGAAAUAAACAACAUAUUAAUUUAGGUACUAUAGGUCAUGUAGAUCAUGGUAAAACAACUUUAACAGCAGCAAUAUCUUAUUUAUUAAAUUUACAAGGGUUAUCUAAAAAAUAUAAUUAUUCUGAUAUUGAUUCUGCUCCAGAAGAAAAAAUAAGAGGUAUUACAAUAAAUACAACACAUAUUGAAUAUGAAACAUUAACUAAACAUUGUGCUCAUAUAGAUUGUCCUGGUCAUUCUGAUUAUAUUAAAAAUAUGAUUAUUGGAGCUUCACAAAUGGAUAUUGCAAUUUUAGUAAUAUCUAUAAUUGAUGGUAUAAUGCCUCAAACAUAUGAACAUUUAUUAUUAAUAAAACAAAUAGGUAUUAAAAAUAUAAUUAUUUUUUUAAAUAAAGAAGAUUUAUGUAAUGAUAUAGAAUUAAUAGAUUUUAUAAAAUUAGAAAUAAAUGAAUUAUUAAUUAAAUAUAAUUUUGAUUUAGAUAAUAUUAAAAUAUUAACAGGAUCUGCUUUAAAUGUAAUAAAUAUUAUACAAAAAAAUAAAAAUUAUGAGUUAAUAAAAUCUAAUAUUUGGAUACAAAAAUUAAAUAAUUUAAUUAAUAUUAUAGAUAAUAUUUUAAUACCUGUAAGAAAAUUAAAAGAAAAUUUUUUAAUGUCAAUAGAAGAUGUAUUUUCAAUAACUGGUAGAGGUACAGUAGUUACAGGUAAAAUAGAACAAGGAUGUAUUAAUUUAAAUGAUGAAAUUGAAAUUUUAAAAUUUGAAAAAUCUUCAAUUUUAACAACAGUUAUAGGGUUAGAAAUGUUUAAAAAACAGUUAAUACAAGCUCAAUCAGGAGAUAAUGUAGGUAUUUUAUUAAGAAAUAUUCAGAAAAAAGAAAUAAAAAGGGGUAUGAUUUUAUCAACUCCUAAUAAAUUAAAAGUAUAUAAAUCUUUUAUAUCAGAAACUUAUAUAUUAACUAAAGAAGAAGGAGGUCGUCAUAAACCUUUUAGUAUAGGAUAUAGACCACAAUUUUUUAUACAUACAGUAGAUGUAACUGGUGAAAUUAAAAAUAUAUAUUUAUAUAAUAAUAUUCAAAAAAUAGCAAUUCCAGGAGAUAAAUUAACUUUACAUGUAGAAUUAAAUCAUUAUAUUGUAUUAAUUUUAAAUAUGAAAUUUUCAAUAAGAGAAGGAGGAAAAACUAUAGGAGCAGGUGUUAUAAUAAAAAUUAUAGAUUAA